AAUGUUGCCAGCUGCCGCUCCAGCAUUUCCCUCAAGUCACUUGGUUGACGGUUGGCUGCUGGUUAGUUAGUCAGCCCCUAGGCUAGUGAUAAUGUCAUCUAUUUUCUAGAGAUUUAUUCGAUAAAUAUCCACUUAAGCAUACGGUUGCUUGUUGCUGCUUCUCCUUACAUCGUGUUUUUAUGUGUGAAAGAAAUUUAAAGAAUAAUUAAAUUAAAAAUUUACGUAAAAACAUAAAUAAUGAAAAUAACACAAUAUCCUUGGAACGUGAGAUGAUUUGAAUUGUUUUAUUCCUCCUCCUCCGUCGCCUUACUCCCGGAUCUGUUUAUGAAAAUCCCUCGACUGGCUAGUUGUCGGCACUACAAUGUUAGACAGAUACAUGAAUUUCUUCUUCUCAUUUGGAUUUGGUGUCAUACUUAUGUGGUUAACCGAAUCAUCAGAAGCACAUGUAAAUUAUACCGCCAAGCCGAGAGUUGUUUUGCCUCCCAAUUAUGUCAAGGAAAUACGGCCGCCUUCGAAAAAAGGAUCUCCAGUUAUAGUAGAUUUUAGUAUUUUUGUUGUAGAUAUAAACUCAAUUAAUGUAGAGGAUAUGGACUUUCGAGUAGAUAUGUUUAUACACCAACGAUGGCUAGAAUCAAGACUAGAAAUAUCCGAUGAUAUUUUUGAGGAAGGAGAUGAUUAUGUCACCCUAUUACCGGAAUUUUUCGAUAAUCUCUGGCAACCGGAUCCAUAUUUUCUCAAUUCAAAAAUAGCAGGAUUGGGAAGUCCCUACAUUGAGCAAACUUCUCUGAUACGCCAUAAAACCGAGAAAGAGAAGAAAAAUUUUCAUCUAAAGAAGACUUUAAAAAUUGCCACAUUAACCCACAAAUUUACUUCGGUGACUUUGUACAAAAAUAAGACGGUACGUUAUGCAGCACGAAUGCAUGCCAUCAUAGCCUGUCAAAUGGAAUUUCAAUUAUAUCCCAUGGACAUACAAGUCUGUCCCAUUUACAUAGAAAGUUUCUCUUCAAAUAAUCAAAAAGUAAAAUUACGCUGGUCCGAUUCUGGUGUCACCCUAAAUCCUGAACUUAAGUUACUGCAAUACAAUUUAGGUCAACCGCUGGAAUUGGAAGAAAGUGAUGGUUAUAUGCCCGAGAAGGUUGGCAACUUUUCACGCCUCACCGUCUACUUUCGUUUCGAACGACAAAUAGGCCAUCAUUUGAUCCAGACAUUUGCACCAUCGUCACUGGUCGUAAUGUUGUCAUGGUUUAGUUUUUGGUUGGGUUUAGAUGCCAUACCGGGGAGAGUAACGCUCUUGGUUACUUGCAUGCUCACCUUGGUGACAAUGUUUACUGGCCUGCGAGCAGAUAUACCACCAGUGGCUUAUGUCAAGGCUUUAGAUUUAUGGAUGGCCGGUUGUAUGGUAUCCGUAUUUGCAGCCCUGGCUGAGUUUGUUGUUGUUAAAGUUUUGGAUGUCCAAUAUCAAUAUCAAGUUAAUAAGGUGCCGAAAACAUUACCCAUGCGUCUAAGCAACAUGGAAAAAGGUCAAUGUGCAACCGUAGCUAGUUGGGAAGGUGGGGCUGUACGGUCACGCAAGGCUACACAAACGCCAACUACACCGGGCCAGACUUCAUUACAGGGCAACGGUGGGCCACCAAAACCGGCCAGACGUCAAAGUCUACUCUCGGUAGCCUGGACCGAUGACACAACGGGCGUGGAAAAAAUUAUGUGGCGUGAAAUUGACAAAGUUUCUCGGGCCGUCUUUCCAAUAUUAUUUUUUGUUUUCGUACUUUUGUACUGGCCCAUUUUGCUGAUGAAAUCAUCUUAGGACAUGGGGAGUUCCAGGGAACAACUCUCUGGACUCCGUUGAUUACUUUUUUUUUUCUUUGGAAUUUGAAUGCAAAAACGCAGCAAGCCUAAAACCUAAGCAAAACGAAUACUUAGAAAAAGCAAAACAAAAAAAAAAAACAAAACAAAGAAAAACAACAAUAACGUAAUUAAGUCAAGAGCCUAGUUUAAGCAAAAUAGUUGUUUUUAUAUACGAAUAUAGAGCAAAUAUUGUUUUCGAAUUUCUGUUUUUAUAUAUAUACAUAUGUAUGAAUUUGUUAAAAAAACAUAGAACACAUUUUUGUAUUAUUUUUUUUUUUUGUAUGAAAAAGGAAAAAAUAUUGUGAAAUGUUUUUUAAUUUAUAAAUGUGUGUGCUAGGGGAAUUGAAACUGUAAUGGUGAGGGUACAUAAACAGCUUGAAGUCUUCGCAUGGCAUAUUUUGUGACAUAUCAUAAAGGGAUUCCAGAGCCGGACUGAAAUCCUGCCGUCGUUGUCCGUUAUAAUUUGGCAUUAACAUGCCUAGCUGUUUAUGUACCCUCAACUCAACUCUGUUUAAAAUAAUGUCAAUAAUUUGAACCUGAAAGCGAUUUCUUGGAUUAUUGGGCGCCAUUUUUUUAAAUAUUGAAUUUCAAAUGUUUGUAAAUACCGAUUUUGUUGAAAUAUAAAGAAUGUGAUCCCAAACACUGUUUAGGUGUAUACUUUAAACCAAAUUUCCAAAACAAUUGGGUGCCAAUACAAUACUUUUCUAGUUAUAAAUCUCUUCUCCUUGGAAAUUUAUUGAUGUUUUUACAAAUGAAAAUCUAAUCUAAUAAUGUAAGACCGGACUGUUGGGCGCCACUUUGCUAAACAUUUACACGAAUGUAUGCCAUUUAUAUAUUUUUUCAUACCAUGUUGACCGUUGGGCGCCAUUUUUCAACCAACCUCUGACAUUGCUGUAACGUAAACAGUGUGGAACAAGCUAUACUGGCCGUUGGACACCAUUGUUUCAUUCCGCUCAUAAUAUUUUUUUCUUACUUUUACGACCCCCCGUUGAUAUAUUAGUCAUGCCAUGUUAACUGUUGGGCGCCAUUUUUCAACCAACCUCAGAUAUAGCAAUAAUAUAAACAAGUGUGAUCCAAGCUAUACUAGCCGUUGGAAGCUAUUUCAGUUCUAUUCUAGGUGAACAUCUAUCAUUUCCUUGGACAUUUAUUGAUUUUUUACAUCUGAAAAUCCAAUCUAGUAAUACAAUCGCGGUCUGUUGGGCGCCACUUUGCUAACCAUUUACGCCAAUUUAUACCAUUUAUAUAUUAUUCAUAACAUGUUGACCGUUGGGCGCCAAUUUUUAACCAAUCUCUGAUAUUUCUGUAAUAUGAACAGUGUGAUCCAGGCUAAGCUGGCCGCUGGGCGCCAUUGUUACAUUCCGCUCAUAACAUUUUUUUACUUUACGCCCUCCUGUUGAUAUAUUAUUCAUACCAUCUUGACCGUUGGGCGCCAUUUUUCAGCCAAACUCUGAUAUUCCUAUAAUAUAUACAGUGUGAUACUGGCCGUUGAAAGACAAUUCAGUUCUAUUCUAGAUGAAUAUCUAUCAUCUCCUAGGAAUUUUAUUGAUUUUUUACAACUUAAAAUAUUAUCUAGUGCCGCACUGUUGGGCGCCACUUUGCUAACCAUUUACGCCAAUGUAUACCAUUUAUAUAUUAUUCAUACCAUGUUGAUCGUUGGACGCCAUUUUACAAUCAACCUCUACUAUUGCUGUAAUAUAAACAGUUUGAUCCAAGCUAUAAUGGCCGUUGGGCACCAUUGUUAUAUUCCGUUCAUAACAUGUUUUUUCUUACUUUUAUGCCCUCCUGUUGAUAUAUUAGUCAUAUCAUGUUAACUGUUGGGCGCCAUUUUUCAACCAACCUCUGAUAUUUUUGUAAUGUAAACAGUGUGGUCCAAGAUAUACUGGCCGUUGGAAGCCAAUUCAGUUCUAUUCUAGGUGAACGUCUAUCAUCUCCUUGGAAAUUUAUUGAUUUUUUACAACUGAAAAUCUCUUCUUGUAAUACAAUCGCAGACUGUUGGGCGCCACUUCGCUAACCAUUUACGCCAAUUUAUACCAUUUAUAUAUUAUUCAUAACAUGUUGACCGUUGGGCGCCAUUUUCACUCAACUUUUGAUAUUGAUAUGAUAUAAACAGUGUGAUCCAAGCUAUACUGGCCGUUGGGCGCCAUUGUUACAUUCCGCUCGUAACUUUUUUAUAGAUAAUUUUGGCCCCUUUUGCAGUGCUACCACAGUCUUACGCUUUGAUUGUUGAAUCCCAUUUUCCAACCAACCUCGGAUAUUAUACCGUUUAUAUAUUAUUCAUACCAUGUUGAUCGUUGGGCGCCAUUUUUAACCAAUCUCUGAUAUUGUUGUAAUAUAAACAGUGUGAAACAAGAUAUACUGGCUGUUGGACGCCGUUGUUACAUUCCGAUCGUAACAUUUUUAUAGAUAAUUUCGGCGCUUUUGCCGUACUACCACAGCCCUACGCUUUGACCGUUGGGCGCCAUUUUUCAACCAACAUCUGAUAUAUCUAUAAUGUAUACAGUGUUAUACAAUUUAUGCUGUUCUGUAUACUACUGUAUACUGUAUACAAUUUAUACUGUCCAUUGUUACAUUCCGCUCAUAACAUUUUUAUAGAUAAUAUCGGCGCUUUUGCAGUGCUACCACUGUCCUACACUUAAUAAUCUUUGACGCAAUUUUAACGCAUUUUACUCAACAUAUUAUCUUAAUUUGUUAAUAACCGCGACGAAGAUUAUUAUUUAGGCGAUUUAAUAAAGAUUAAGGGGAUUUAAUGCUGGAUAAAUUGAGCAUCUGAACAAAUUGGGCGCCAUUUUCACACAAAAAUUACUUUUUGAACAAUAUGGAUUGUAUUGUAAUGACAGAUACAUUUUUUUCCCAGUUUUCUUGCAAACAAUGUUCAUUUUUUUUUUUAAAUAUUGCAGAGAACAGUACAGCGUGCCAACUAUUUCGGGAAAUGUCGGGAAGUCUUACAGGCCUUGUUUUAUGAUGCCCUAAAUAUUUAUUCGAAGCCAAUAACUCUAGAGUCCUAAUGAUUGAGCUACCAAUGAAGGUGUGCACAUUAAACCAGUAAAUAUUUUUGUUUUAAGAUCACAUUUAUCAAAAGAUCAAUAUUUGUUCCUCACAAUUGCAUGGUGAGCAGCAAUCGUUGGGCGCCAUUUUCUCCAAAUAAUAUAUUUCAGAAGAAAUAAAAACUUAUCCUAUCAUUGUUUACAUUGUUGUUGUUGUUGUAGCAGUAGUACAUGUAUGUGUUUGCGUUCUGCUAAUCUGGUUCCAGCUCCAGGCUUAGAAAUUCGGCUACUUUAACGGGCUGUAGCCAGAGAUCUUCUGGAGUGAGUUGGGUAGGUUUGGCUGAGCAAUUAAAAAAAUCCCACGGCAGCGGGUUCUACGAUACCGGAUUGACCCGAAACAACAAAAUUCCAGUUUCGGCCAGCGGCUGCCAACCCAGUAUGUACAUGUUUGUGUUUGUUUACAUUGUGAAUUUGUUGGGCGCCAUUGUCUCCUAAAAUCAUAUUUUCUACAAACAUAACAUUCAGAGGAUUUCUUCGUCAUAUCAUUAUUAUUUGUUGGGCGCCAUUUUUUUCCCCAAAAACAGCAAAAGACAAAUUUUCGGCCAAAGAAAAUGCUACAUUAAUUCAGGGAGAAGAAACCUGAUCAGUUGGCGAUACUGAUUUGGACAGCGUGCAAAUUGUUUCAGAAAAUGUCCCCCAAAUGCACAAAUGACUUAUUAAAUCCAAGCCAAUAACUCUAGAGUCCUAAUGAUUGAGCUACCAAUGAUUGUGAGCAAAUUACACCGGUCAAUAUUUUUUUUUUUUUAAGACCGACUUUUUCAAAAGAUCAAUAUUUGUUCCUCACAAUUGCACUGUGAGUAGCAAUCGUUGGGCGCCAUUUUCUUCCUAAAAAUAUAUUUCUGCAAACAUUGCUUUCAGAAGUUAUUAAAACAUGUCCUAUCAUUGUUUACAUUGUGAAUUUGUUGGGCGCCAUUCUCUCCUUAAAUCAUAUUUUCUACAAACCUACCAAUCAGAGGAUUACUAUAUCAUAUCAUUAUUAUUUGUGGGGCCCCAUUUUUUCCACAAAUAGACAAAGACGAAUUUUCGGUCAAAGAAAAUGCUACAUCCAUGGUAGAAUCAAUAAGGUAAAGUCAUGCAAUCAUAUGUUUACAAUUUUUUUUUCCAAAAAUUAUCCCUUUGACAACAUCUCAUUGUCAAAAUAUAUAUUUAUAAAUCUAAUGUAAAUACACAAACCAGAGAUGAGACCCUUCAUUUUAUGUGGUAAAAUUUUACAAGGUAAAUUACAAUAAAUGCAGAGAAGGGUAUACUUAUUUGAAAUGACUACCUUCUUAAUUGUACCAUGGCUACGUCAAUUUGGGAAAAAGAAAAAUGAUCAGUUGGCAAUACUUAUUUCGAACGUUUUUAUUAGUAAUGGGAGAAAAAGCCCCCAUAAUUUAUUAAUACCUUAAAGCUUUUUUGAUAAACUAGUUAAAUAAAACAAAUUGGUGCUUCUAAAAAAAUUAUAAAAAUAUAAAUAAUUAAAUUAUUAUAGAAAAAUUAUAUAUUUUUGUAUUGACAAUGAGACGCACAUAACCUCGUUUUUCUACAUCACUAGCAUAUGUAAUACUCGAGCACGCAUUUACCAAAAAAAAAAGAAGAAAACACCUGAAACUAUAUUCUGCUAAAACUAAUCAAGCCAAUCUACGAAAAAAAAACAUGUCAUAAUAAAAUAAUAAAUUAAACAAAGCAACUUCUAGCCUCUCUAUCCCUCUGUCGUUUAUAUGAAAUUAAUCUGUUUUAAUGUAAACGCAUUUUAGUAAUGAAUAAAUAAAACGCCAUUAGGGAGUUUCACAUGCAGCAGGUUUUCUUGGGUAAAGCUAGCAGACCAUACAACAAAUUAUCGUCAACAAACAUUUCAUCAUUACUAAAUUUGCUAUGUGGCAGGAUGCUUUACGCAAACUUAUUGUAUGUGAAAUUUACGCUACUCAGAAACGCAAUAAAGCCUAUUGUAUCAAACCAAAAAAAUAUAUAGUUAGUUUAUAAAAAAUAGCCAUAUUUUAUGCUAACGAAUGUCUUUUAUUGUUUUUAUAUACAUCGUUUUUUUAUAUGUUAAUAAGUGAUUCUUUUUUUAAUACGAACCAUUUUUUUUUGAGAAAUAAUAAUAAAAAACAACUGCUUUUGUUGCUUGUUUUAAACAAACAUACAUACCUAUACUAUAAAUAUUAGUGUAAAUAAAAAAAUUACAAAGAAAAAGAAAAAUGAUAUAUACAAAAUAAAAAAUCGAUUUUAAAAAUCAAAAUAA